CGCAUUGUGACUAAGCGGGUCAGCGAGUUUGUCGGUGAAGCGCUCGCUCUGCCGCCAAUGUCGCGCGGGAUCCCACGGCGAUUGCUUGUACCACGGCCACCCUGCUGCCGCACGGCGUGAUAAAAUGACGUCCUAGCUCUGCGGUUGCCGUCGUCAUGCCUAACGCACGUGCGUUAAUUGAAAUCGGUCCACUUCAACAGACCUAAGGCUAUUGAGAAAAAAAUCGGUGAAUUUUUAUCAUUUAUUUGGUUAACUUAAUUAACGCAAGAACGCAUUUGAUCGAACGACAAUAAUACUACCAUGAAACCUAUCGUUUUGAUAAUUCUGGUUUCUAUUGCGUUCUCCACAGCCACUGAUACCUUAGUGCAGCCUGCACAACAGCGACAGUCGUCCUGUUCUUUAUCAGAAUUCGCAUGUGGCAGCGGCGACCACAGGCCUACGUGUGUGCCGAUAAUCAGAUAUUGUGACAACCAUCGGGAUUGUCCGGACGGAUCAGACGAACCACCUUCGUGUACACCGUGCAAUAGGACUUAUUAUGGAGACGUCGGUAAAACGUACGAAUUUGAAUUACAUCGACCAAAACCAGACAAGUUACCAUUCAUAUGUUUCAUCAAGUUAGUCGCUCCAGGUCAUCAUUUAGGAGACCUUAUACAAGUAACAUUAGAUAGUUUCACUAUAGGCCGAUUUGCUUCAUAUACAAAUUUCGGUUGUCCUGAUGGCGAUCUCCACAUAACUGAAUCUGAUAGACCCGCAGUGUCCGGUGGUUGGUGUGGAACAUCAUGGGCUCCUGCUCAUUAUUAUAGUGAAACGAACUCAAUCACACUAUUAGUACGGUUGUACACAUUGUCUAGUUUGGACAAUACUGGAUACAAUUUUGACUUUCGCCUUGGAUACAAAAUGCUCAACCGAAACCGUGCAGUUGUCCGUUAUGGGGACCAUCAAUUAUACACAAAAGACAACGCUACGUUUGACAUGGGAGAGCUGAUGGAAGGAACUUAUUGUUCUCGAAUAUUCAGCAAUUGUGAUAAAAAACUAUGUGUGCUGCAGUCGCCAAACUACCCUGGAUUAUAUCCCCGUAAUCUGACAUGCUAUUAUGCUAUUCGUCAACACCACAUACCUCACGGUCACCACGCAUUAGUUUCUAUUACCCAACCGUAUAGCCGACUGGUGUCAAUUAAAUCAGAUAAAAAAACUCCAGAAGUUACAGAUACAAAGCAAGGUGAACGCAAGGAUUGGAGCAAAUGCGAUAAUGUUCCAGACUUUGUAACAGUAUAUGAUGGGUAUACAACAAGAGAUCCAAUUCUAUUAAGGUUUUGUGGAUCCGGUGAGACUGUACCGUUAACUACGUCUAGUGGUCCUGAACUUUUGGUACAGUUUACUACAUCUCCUUAUGGCACUUUGAUGUAUCCAUUCGGGCCGUUGCAUGGAUUUCAAUUACAAGUUCAAGUUCACUUCGUAGAAACGGAAUCUAUCAAGUAUACAAAAAAUAAACGUUGUGAGUUCUGGAUCCGAGAGACUGGACGUGGAUGGCUGCAUCCACCGUACCAUUCUUUACCAGAAAACACCACUUGCUGGUACCAUUUGCAAGCCACAUCGCCUGGAGUAACAGAUAAUAAUGAAUUGGUAGUUACUCAUCCUAGGUACAAAAUUUGGGUAUCUGUGCUCAAGUUUCAUGUUUCUGGGACACAAACCGCGGAUUGUUCCACUAAUUUACUGAUAUGGGACGGAAGUUUGUUUUGUCAUCCAUUUUGCGAUUCCAGAAAUACAUCGUUUGGACAUAGUAAUAAUACUCUGUUAGCCAACUAUUGUCCGGGUCAAACACCCAAGUCUUGUGAUCAUUUUUUACUAACAAACCAACAAAGGCCUUGUACACUAUCUGAGAGUUUUUUGUCCACCUCAAAAUCUCUCACUAUACAACUAAACAUCCAACAUGCAACAGCACUUAAGCCAGUUUCGUUCAAAGCAUUAUACGAAUUCGUCGAUUUGCAUCAAGAUGGAAGUGCAUGGCCAGAGGGAAGUAUGUGUUCAAGAAUUUUUCGCCGACUAAAACACUCUCCAUCUAGUGCUAUAGCCAUUAGAUCACCAAAAAAUGUGUUUUUCUACGGAAGAGGUGGAAAUAAAAAUUUGAGCUGUAUAUUCAGGUUAGAAGGGCAACCUGGAGAUGUGGCUCAAGUAACUAUUCUGAAAAUGAGUUCAGGUGACCGUGAAUGUUAUAGCCGAAUAAAUAGUGAUAGAGGCACUUUUCAGUGUGUAGGUGACACAAGUUCGUCGUUGAGUCUUUUAGAUGAAGUCAAUGGUCCUAAAAUUAUGUUAGUACCUCGACAUUGUUUGUGUUCAACUAACGCGUCCUUGUUGCCUUACACAUUUGUGACGUCGGGUUCUAAAGCAUCCAUCAAUUGGGAUGUACUUAACAUGAACGCCACCGAAGACUUCCGACUCCAUUAUUUCGAAGCAACGGUGCAAUUUAUUCGAAAAGAAGUGGUGUCCAAACGAUGUGAAGUUAAGAGCAAUCUUUUAUCCGGUCCUGGAGGUCAUUUUACAUUUCAUUCUCAUCACAAUACAACAUGUGAAUCUCAUUUCGUCAUUCUCACCUUACAAAAAUAUACUAAUAGUUACCUGUAUGCAAAAUUACCGGGUUUAGUAAUGCCGGAUUCUUCUCAUUCAGUGUCUAAAAAUUCAGAACACAUCUAUUGCCCCACAAAGAAUAGGUUUAUAGUUCAUGCCGGCAAUAAAAUGCACACUGUCGUUUGUCCGGACCCAUACUAUACAGUAGAGGUGUUUUCAGAUGGAUGGCACUCUCAAAAUAUUUUGACGAACGCUUCCCGUGAUAUUAUUAUUGAAUUUAUACCGAUUGAUCCAGGUUCGUACACCGUUUCAUGGAUUCAGCUUUCAUCCAGAAUAAGAAGCGAUGGCCCGUACUGUCAAAGCCAAUGUCCAGAACUCAACGCUUGUAUCAACGAAUCGCUGUGGUGUGAUGGCGUCGAACACUGUCCAUCCGGCUAUGACGAGUCGUUCAGCUACUGUAUGCAUUUACUGUACACCCAUCUAGUGUACAGUAUAGGUGUUACUGUAGCAAUAGUGAUUGUGGCCAUAUCGGCAGGACUGACCGUGUUGUGGUUUCGGCGAUGUCGGGGCAACGACGACAAGACCGGAUCGUCUCGCUUGACCUCAUGUAAGAAUAUCGACAACGAAGAUAUGGUUUCAGCAUGCGAUGUAAUCUACUGACAUAAGGUCAACGACGUAGUCCACUACGUCGAGUAUGAUCGAGUAACCACCGUCUGAUGUGAAUUGAAUAACGAAACAACAAAAGUACAACUUAACUGUACAAACAUAUGUAUUGUUAACAAUCGAAGAAAAAACUUUACGUGUUGCGAAACAAAACGAUCAUGGUUGUGAUAAACUUUGAUGUAGUUUAUUGUUUGCAGCAUAGCAUAUAGUCGAUAAAGUAAAAACAUUGCACCAAGGAAGAUAAGAGAAAUUUAUCGAAAUAUAACGGCAGUUGGUUAAAAGUAUAUUUAUUUUGGCUUAAAAAAGUAUUUCUUAAAAUUAUACUAGUAUUUUUUUGGUGAUACAAAAAAGUUAAUCUAUUUGUCAAUAGCACCCUAAAAAUUAAAUUAUAUUUGAAUAGUUAAAAAGGACCGAUAGCACAUUUUUUAACUAUCAUGUUUUAAGUUAUAUUAAUUAUUUUACGUCAGUUUUUUUGAAAAAAUGUAUUUUUUUUUAAUUGUGUUUAUGUGUAUGGAAUAAUAGUUAUUUUAUACAUAUGAUAUGCAUAAAUUUAAAAUAGUUUUGUCUUUCCAGGAAAAUUAGCAAAAGUGGACAUAUGUCCCUUUCAACAAACGACUAUUCAUUUAUUAAUGCUUGUAUCUAUGCUUUUUUUAUCAAUCGUGUAGCAAAACAAAAAGAAUGUAUUUGGUUUUGUCGAAUGAUUACCCUUUUUAUUAAAAGUUUUUACUUAUUUAACACAUAUAUUUGGAAUAUGCAUAUUUAUAAUAAACAAUAUAUUAUAAAUAUAAUUAUACAUAUUAGAGUUAUAUAACUCUAAAAUAAAAUAUGUAAGUUCUGAAGGAGACUGGAAAUAAUUAAUGGACUUUAUUAAUUUAUUAAAAUACCAAUAACUUAAAAUUAUUGAUAAUAGACCUUAGAGAAGAAGAAAUUUAGUUAUCAAUUUUAUUAGUUUCAGAAUUUUAUUAACAAAAUUUGCAGAUUCAAAAAAAAAUAAUGAACAUUUAAUACUUUUAAUGUAACUGUAUAUAUUUUCCGUUUUAAAAUUAACUCAGAAAAAAUUGUUUAUUAAAAUAAAGUCAUAAGAAUUGAUUUUCAUUUUAAUAUGUAUUAAUAUUAAGUAGUUACAAAGAGUAUUUAAUUAAAUUUCAGUUAUAAACAUGACUUAUAGUGAAUUGUUAUAACAAUGGUCUGAAUAAUUAGCAAUUAUAAUCAUCUAAUAAAUGGGUGAUGAAAUUUGUUUAAAGAUUAUAUAAAUGAAGUAUCAACAGUUUUAUUAGCAUCACGCUGAAUUCGAUUUAUUUAUUUCAACAAAUUUUAUUUUAUAAACUACAUAUUUUAGGUAAAUAUUAUAGAAUAUUUAACUUUUCCUGACGUUUAAUUUGUGUUCAGUUACUUUUUUUAUGAUUAAUAAGAUUAAUUAGCAAUAACUACUAAAUAGUGUAUGUUACAAUAGUUUUAGGUAAUUUUCAGAUCUUGACUAUCUUAAGAUCUGUUAAUUUUUGAUCAGGGUAAAAUGUAAAAAAAUGCAAAAAAAAAAAAAAAUUACAUGAAAAUUUUAUACUU